AUGAAAACCCGCGAGUUCAGCGGGCUACAUAGCCCCGAUCUUGAGCGAAAUGAGCACCAGUUCCUCAUGAACCAUGCAGUGCAGACUUUCUCGUGGACUGACCUCACCGUUACCGUCAAGGACCGUCGAACGAAGCAGCCGCGAAAUCUCAUCGACGGAAGCAGUGGUCUGGUACAGCAAGGGGAGCUGGUAGCUCUGAUGGGCCCCUCGGGCUGCGGUAAAACGACCCUUCUCAACGUCCUUGCCCGCCGCGCGGCUUCGUCUGGCGCAAAAACCACCGGCGACUGCCAUGUCAACGGAAUCAAGCCAGACACUGAGACAUUCGGACGGAUCACCUCAUACGUGGAACAGGAAGACGCCCUGAUCGGGUCUUUGACGGUAUAUGAGACGUUGAAAUUCGCGGCCGACUUGUCUCUGCCUGGAUCUGUAUCGAAGUCGCAGCGCAAAGAGCGUAUCCAGACCCUCCUAAGGUCUUUCGGUAUCCAAGGCCAAGCGUCGACCCUGGUGGGAACGCCGAUCCGCAAGGGGAUCAGUGGUGGCCAGAAACGACGGGUCAGUGUCGCCAGUCAGCUUAUAACGUGUCCCAAGGUCCUGUUUCUGGACGAGCCGACAAGUGGACUAGACUCCACUGCCAGCUUUGAGGUCAUCUCGUACGUGAAGAAGCUGGCUGUCGAGAACAAUCUCAUCAUUAUCGCAAGUAUUCAUCAGCCAUCCAGCACCACCUUCCAACUUUUCGAUAAGCUUCUGCUUCUCUCUGGCGGACAGACCUGUUACUUUGGACCCGUAUCCACCGUUUCGUCGCACUUCGAUUCUAUCGGGCUCCCGAUCCCGUCGAAUACAAAUCCGGCCGAAUUCCUACUCGACAUCGUCAGUUCCGACUUCACGGGUGACCAAGGACAACUCGACGCUAUAAAAUCGGCCUGGAUACAGUCUCCCGCAUGUACAGCCCUAGCACAGCAGAUCGAGGGCAUGGAAACAAAGGGUAGUGGAAAGGUCUUCAUGGACGAGAUCGGCCGACCCAAUAUCUUCCUUGUCACGAUGUCUCUCCUGCACCGACUGUUCAUCAAAAGUUAUCGCGAUGUGGUGGCAUACGGAAUCCGCAUUGUGAUGUAUCUAGGACUGGCUAUAAUGAUGGGCACCGUAUGGCUGCGUCUACACACCUCGCAGGAAUACAUCCAGCCAUUCAUCAAUGCAAUUUUCUUCGGAUCCGCCUUCAUGAGCUUCAUGGCCGUGGCCUACGUCCCUUCUUUCCUGGAGGACCGCUCCACCUUCGUCAAAGAACGGGCAAACGGGCUAUACGGAGCGCUCCCUUUCCUGGUUUCGAACUUCAUCAUCGGUCUUCCAUUUCUAUUCCUAAUUGCUAUCCUUUUCUCGGUAGUCAGUUACUUCCUCUCCAACUUCCAGCCCACGGCAACCGCCUUCUUCACUUGGGUUAUGUGGCUUUUUCUGGACCUGGUGGCCGCCGAGUCGCUGGUGGUACUUGUGACCUCUAUCUUCCCGAACUUCGUCAUCUCGUUAGCCCUGGUCGCGUUCGCCAACGGGCUGUGGAUGAGCGUGGGCGGGUUCCUGGUCUCUCCGACGAUCCUCAAUCCGUUUUGGAAGUAUGUGUUUCAUUACAUCGACUACCAGGCGUACGUCUUCCAAGGUAUGAUGGUCAAUGAAUUUUCGGACAGAACGUAUACCUGCGGCCCGGGCUGCAAUUGCAUGUACCAGACGGAACUGGCAGGCCAGUGUCUGAUACAAGGCAAGGGGGUGCUGAGCCAGUAUGGGUAUGCGACGGGGCGAACGGGAAAAUGGGUGGGCAUCUUGAUUGGCAUCAUUGCGGUGUACAGGCUAUUCGGGUACCUGGCGUUGGUUGUGCGGAAGACCUGA